CAUAUAGAAGGCGAGCAAAAGCCAUUCCACGAGUUCUGACCGCAAACGCGACAUUACUGUCAUAUUGCUAGCUGACAAAACUGCGAGUCAUGAUGCUUUAAAAGUAACGCCACCAUAUGUUAGAAAACGUUAACCUGCUGACUUGUGCUGUAAACUGAGAGGCCAAAUGCUGCGGGGGUUUCUGGUGACGACCAUGAGGACCACUCGCUGGAAGUGAGCUCUUACCGGAGCAGCUAUGGCAAUACCUCCAAGAGCAUCACGGGGGCCCGCUGGCCAGGCCCUCAUCGCCGCGUUUAUGGAGGAGGAUGAGCCGAUCUAUGAGGAUGAAGGCGAGGAGGGCGAAGAAUACUACACGGCAUUGGUGGGGAUGUCCCCCGACGCGGCGGCAGCAGCAGCGCGCUACCGCUCUUCCGCGCUAUACCACUUGUCGCACCAGCAGCAGGAGGGGGCUGGCGGGAGCGGGGCGCCCGCCCUGGCCACCGGGGUGAAGCCUGGCGGAGCCGGCGGCGGCGCCAGUGGCAGCGGCUCAGCACUGCGGCCCUCCCGGCGCUCCGCCGGCAGGGGCGGCCCCACCGUCCCGCCAAAGCACGGCCGCCCGCGCGCUGUGACCUCGGCGCUCUCCCCCCGCGGCGGCGGGCCCAGCAACCCCGGCCGCCCCGCCACGGCGCCCGCUGUGCCUGCGGGGCCGCCUCCCCCCUCCAUGAUGGUGCCGCCCGCGCUGCCCGCAUCCCGCGGCCUUGGCUCGCCGUCCGGCGCCCACGGCAAUAACCCUGGCGGCACGAACCCCUUCUCCCCGCUCCUGGAGCGGCACCUGGUGUCCCGCCACGCCACCGCCUACAGCGGCACCGUCACCGCCGUACUACACCACGUGGCCAGCCCCGCCGCCACUGGCGUGGCACGUGACACGCAGCGCCGGCCCGGCACCGUGCCGCAUGACGUGUACCGCCACAGCGCCGUGUCGCCGCCGCGGCGGCCGGCGCCGCUGACGGUGCCCGGCGAGGCGUGGGCGGGUGGGGCCGCAGGCUCCCCGGUGAGCCCCAUACUGAUGAUGGGGGCUGGUGGCAUGGGCACGGGAGGUGGUGGCGGCAGCGGCCUGGCAGCGCCCACUGACAGCGGCAACUACUCCAGCUGCGCACCCAGCCCCAGCGGCACGGCCGCAGGCGGCUUCGGCGGCGGAGGUGCGGGGCUGCUGGUGACUGGCUCGGCGGCAGCGGCGGCAGCGACAGAGGCGGCGGCGCGAGCGGGACUGCACACGGCGCCGGCUGCAACAGUGCAGCGCCGGCCGGCGUCAGGGCUGCGCGGCGUGCAGGCGGCGUCGGCGCUGGUCAACAACCGCCCCUCAUCGCCGCCCGGGCCGCCUUCUCCGCUGCUGUACGGCAGCCUCAGUGCAUCGGACCCGCUCUACAGCCCACGCGGCGCUGCUGCGGCCGCCGCCGCGGCGGCGGCGGCGGCGGCGGCGGCUGCGCACGGCGGGGCGGGAGGCAUCGGCGGCACGGGCGUGUCCGGCCACGUGCCGUACCUGGACCGCGCGUACGACAGCCGGGCGCCGCUGGCGUGUGCGCUGGACGCCGUGGCGCGCCGCGCGGAGGCGCACAAGGCCCUGACGCGGCAGCGCCUGCUGGCGACCGCGCAGCGGCAGGAGCAGGACGCGCAGCGCGGGCGCGCGGCGCGAGCCCCCGGCGUGGGUGGCGCCGCAGGCACAGGCAUCGGCGCCGGCGGCUCAGCGCCCGCCAGUCCGUUGUCUCUAUUCCAGCCCCACAGCGCGGAGCCCUAUCAGCUUCACGCGGGGCAGGACGCAGUGGCGCCGCGCGCGCUGGGCCUAGCCUGGAGCGCCUCGCCGGGCGUGGUCGCCGCCGCGGCAGCGGCGGCGGCCGCCGCCGCCGCCAGCGCCGCCGCCAAGGCUGAGGGCAUCAGCGCCAGUGCCGCCGCCUGGCCCACGUCUUCCCUGCCAGGCACGCCGGACGCAGGCGGCGCCGGGCUGCGGCCGUGGUCACCUGCGACGCGACUGGUGAGUGUGACCAGCGUCGGCGCCUGGUCGGUGGACGCGCCGCCCUCUCCCGACAGCCGCUUGGGCGGAGGCAGCAGCUACAUGGCUGUGGAGGGGGCCACAACAGCGACAGGAGAGGCUGCAGGGGCGGCGGGGCAAGGUGGCAAGGGUACGGCGGGUGCUGUGCGCGCCGCCGCAGCGGGUCACGUGCCGCCCGGCUCCGCGCCUGUUGGUGGUGCUGGUGGGGGGAAGACCACGGCGGCGGGCGGUAGCAGAGGCAGGGCGCCCGCAUGGGCUGCUCCGGCGAUGGGUGGCAGGCCCGCAACCUCCCCAGCCUGCGCGGCGCAGGCGCCAGGGUCUCCGUCGCGGCACGGCGGCCGCCUGGCCACCAAGCACACCUCCGCGGCGGAUGCGGCAGUGCUCGCGUCGGAGCACGCGGCGGCGGCGCGGGCGCACCUGCCGCCGUCGGUGCGGCGCGGCUACGGCGGCGCGCUCACGCCGCAGACGGUGGCGGACUGGGAGACGCUGACGGAGCCCAACCGGCGCAUGAUGCAGGCCAUUGACAACGUCACCAACCUCGUCAGCCGGCCGCCGCGCAGCCCCGUUGCCAAGGCGGCCAGGGCGGGCGGCGGCAGCGGCCCUGGCACGGGCGCGGGCGCUGGAGCUGGCGGUUCGGAUGACAGCAGCGGCAGCCCAAGGAGCGGUGGCUUCGGGUUGCACACAACGGCGCGCGCGCGGCGGCGCUACGUGCGCUACUCCACAGACAUCUUCCCCGAGCUGGGUCUGUCAGGCGCCUCCGCGGCCUCGCUCUCAUACGUGACCAGCAGUGUGACCGCCGCCGCAGCAGCUGCCGCCAGCGGCGGCUCCCAGAUCCUACUGCCUGCAUCACCCUCGUCACCCACGCCAUCCGGGCAGGCGGGGCCGGAGCAUGGCGCGCUCCUUCAUGGACCCCAAUCGCAUCAACCGAUGCCACACCUGCACCACAAUCCAUACGCCAAUCCGGCGCUCGUGCAGUCCGGCACGCACGCCGAGGUGGCGGGCUAUGGCGGCGGCGGCUUUGGCCGGCUGGAACGGGAGGGCAGUGGCGGCGGUGAUGGCGGUGGCGGCGGCGGCGUUGAUUCGGAGCCCUCGGCCGCGGGAUCGGCUGGCAGCAGUGGCAGCGGCCGCGAGCGCCACCACUACUACGCCUCGGCGCCGCCGCCGUCAGCAGCGGCGGCGGCGGGCUCGGGCUGGGCGCCGCACGCGGGGCCGCGGUCGCCUGGUGGCGUGAGCCGGGCGGUGCACCUGCAUCCGCUGCCCACGCCAGCGGCGGCCGUAGCCGCGGUGGCGGCGGCCGGCGGUGCCGUCGCUGCUGCUGCGGCGUCGCUGCCGCAAUGGGUGGACACCUCGGCUGCUGCGGUGUCCCGGCCGGGCGCAACGGCGGGGUCGGGCUCCCCGCACAGCCGCGGGUCCACGGCCGCGACCUCGCCGUCAGGCGCACACGGUGGCGGCGGCAGCGGCGCCGGCGAGGACGACGGGCUGUCCAGCGCUUCUUCCGCCUCCUUCGCCGCCUUCCCACAGGCGGGCAGCCCAGCCACCUCGCCCUCGGCCGGCGCCGCCGCCGCCGCCCACCGUCACCGCGCGCCGCACGGCGCGCCUGCGACGGCUAUCGGCGGCGCGGGCCUGACCGGACAGGGGCUUGGGCUGGGGCUGGAACUGGGAGCCCGGGGCGUGGCACUACACGGCAAGUCCACAGCGGUGGUCCUGUCGUCUGACGGUGUUGCUGCGGUUGCGGAGGCCGCGACAGCUCACGCCACCUUCAACUUCCCGCACACGCUGGGCGGCGCCUCGCCGCGCGCCGGGGACGCGCUGGGCGCCGGAACCCAUCACUACCUACACGCGCACGCGGCGGCGGGCGGCGGCCGGCGCCAGCCGGCGCACGCUCCUGCUUCUUCCGCGGCUGCCGCUACCGCCAACAGUCAGCACGGCAUGCAGCACGAGCACUCGUUUACGGACGGGCUGCCCCUGCAGUCCGACUCCUCCCACUCCGCUGACGCCAAGCCGCGUGACCCGCAUACGCCCGCACACGGCGACGCCGUGCCACACGCCCACCCCGACCUCGACGACCCCUCCCACGACCUCCACACCCUGGCUGACGUGCACCUCACCACCAGCCUCCGCAGCGGCAGUAGCAGCAGCCGCCGCCAGGCAGCCGGCGUGUCAGGCCUGGAGCUACAGCCUGCGGUAGAGCUGCAGCAGCGCGACGUGGCUCCGCUACGGCCCUACCCGGACCAGCUACUGCCGCUGCAGCAGCAGCAGCAGCAGCAGCAGCAGGCGCCGGCGGCGGGUGCCUCCUACGCCUCGUCUUCCAUGCCGCCGUCCCUGGAGCCAUCUUUCAGCGGGCUGCAGGGCGUCGGCGCGAGCGGCAGCGCCGGCGGCAGCGGUGCUGCUGGCGGGAAUCCACGCGGCGGCGCUACCGGUGCGACGGCGGCCGCAGCGGGCGAGGACAGGGCGCCAGAUGAAGGGGAGGCGCAGGACACAGUCGGGGAGCUGCCGACAGGAUUUGCAUCCAGGGCCGAUAGCGCCGCCAUGCCCGACGGCGCCGACGGGCCCUCCUACACAGCGGCAGGCUCGGCAGGCGGUGACGCCGCGGCACGGCCCCAACUGGGUCGACAGCUGUCAAUCCAGUCCCGACAGGGGUCCAUCUCGGGGCCACACCGCCUGUCCCGCAGCUCCUCUACCGCCGCCGCCGCCACCGCCAGUGGCGGCACGAGUGGCGGCGGCGGCGGCUACGGGUUCUUCGGGUCCAGCGGUAGCAUCCGACGCCGCGCCGGCGCGCCGCUCGACAAUUCCGCCUCGCAAUCGGCUGAGCACUCGGCCUCUAUCGCCGACCGCGCACCUGCCGAUGCCGACGCACCGUUCGCAGCCGCCGCCACCGACGCCACCUCAGCCGCCGACGCCGACGCCGAUGACGUGGUGGCGGCGGCGCCCGCCUCGCCGACGCCCGCGGCGCCGCAGGGCCCGGUGCUGACGCCGGGCGCGGGCUACCGCGUGGUGACGUCAGUGGCGGCGGCGGGCCUGGAGGAGGCCCUGGACCCGCGGCAGGCGGCGCGGCAGGCGGCCACCGCCGAGCUGGAUGCAAUGCUGGAGCGCGGGGCGGACUACGAGAGCAAAGUCAAGGCUGCAAGUCGCGCCACCAAGGCGCUCGCGCGGGCUCCGGGCGCCGCCGGCCCGGCCGCCGGCGCGCCGUCCUCCCCAACGAGCCCGCACCUGGCUAUGAAGGUGCUACAGCCGCGCAGCUCGGCGGACAUGGCAGUAGCAGCUGGAGGGGGCGGGCUGGAGGUGCUGGCGGCUCCAGUGCCCGCUGCGGCAGAGAUGGAGGCAAUGAGGGCGGCCGCGCGGGUGACUGUGGCCGCUCCACCCGUGUCGCUGGCGAACCGCAUCAGCCCACAGAUGACGGCGCCGCUGCCGGCCGCCGCGCCGCUCAGCCCAGGCCGCCGCACACCGGGCGGCGCACCCUCCUCCCCCGAGCGCGGGCGGGUGCCGCGGCCCGCCAACUACCAGCACGUGCAGGCAGCCACGGAGUCGGGCCGUACGGCACACAUGCAAGAUGUGUGGGCGUCGUAGUCUCGUAGAUCGAUGGGUGGCGGCUGGGAGCUGGGUACAUGACAUGUGCGGGGCAAGAGGUGGCCAACGUUGACGGUUUGGUGUGUGUGCAUGGGGUGUGGGGCCAAUGCCAGAUGAACUUAUGGAUCCGGGGAUAGGCUGGGUGGUGGUUAAUGGGUGGUUGUGUCAGCCGUGACUGUCGUUGUCAAGCUCGUGUUUUAGACGUUCUGUAUGAGCCAUAUUCAUCACGUUGUCGUACUUUUGCUCCCGUUACAAUAGGGUAUCGCAUUAUUAUCACUGCCUCUAGCCGUUUGAAACGCCUCGGUCUCUGUAGACAUAUGACGUCAAAGGCUCAGAUCUUGAACAUCCGGUGCCGGAAAGGCAUUGCAAGCACUGCGCAUCCGCCGCAUGUGCCGCGUCUGGCUGCGCUGCGGGGCCCCAAUGGGUCGAAUCAUAUGCACUGUUACGAGUAUUUACU